GUAUUAAUAGUAUCAAUAUAAUAAUACUAAGCAUAGGACAAAUUCACAUUGUUGACCGAAGGAAGUUUUAACGACACAAAUUCAUCGCCGUGUUUUUCACUGUAUUUCCGCUCUUUUCAGUAUCUAAUAAUCGCGUGCUUUUAUGAAUAAUUAAUUACCUUUUUUUUGUAAUCGAUUCGACCAUGAGUUUGAACAGUUUACAAACUCGUAGGCUGAUGAUAAUUUUAAAUAGGUGUAUUAAAUUUAAAUAGGUGAAAGAUUAGACCGAUAAAUACAUAAUAAGCAAAGAUAGCGUUUUUAAGAAGGACGAAUUAUCGAGCUUAAAAGUAGACUAUUACAAUUAUAAUUGCAGUCAAACUGUGAUCGAACGUUUCGUUCCAACAUGUCUCGUACCGCUGUUAUUUUUCUCUUCGUUGUCGUUGCUUAUCUUCAUGCUACAUCUGCUAGAAAACUAGCCUGUAACAGGCCAAACGAGGAAUAUCGUUGUGGAUCGGCCUGUCAAACAACUUGCGCUACUUUAGGUCAACGUUGUCCCAUUGUGAAUAUCAGAUGUAACGAUGCCUGUUAUUGCAUAGAAGGAUACGCCAGAUAUGGCGGUGAUACUGGCAUGUGUGUUCCCAUAAGCCAGUGUGAUAACAAACGUUCGACGAUCGCUCAGAUUUUCAUCAGAUCGAAACAACUCUCUAAAACUUCUGGCUUUUGAUAGUGGCACUUACAGGAACACAUACAGGAACCAUCAUCGUUGAUCUUCUAUCUAGUAAAAAUGUAGAUAACACGGUGCUGAACUUUCCUCUACAUAUUUUCUUGUUCCUCGAGUGUGAAGUUCGAUUUAUUAUAAAAAUAAGAAAGCGUCAUCGUUACGUCAAGACGUAAAGUAUUGAAUAAGAGUACAAAUGUUGCCCCCUUCCGCGAAACUCUUUUCGUCACGAAAAAUUCUUAAUUUCUUGCUUACAUAUAUUAUUUUAAUAGUUCUAUCUUCCAAUUAACGGAUAUUCGAAUUAUUUUUAUUUUAUUUGUAUUAAAAUAAAAAAUGGAUUAAAAAAUCAAA